AUGGGAAGUGAUACAAAGGCCCUGUCCGCUCCCAAGAUUUGGUGGAGCAACGCUAUUUUCUUUGUGUCUAUCCAUAUCGCCGCCUUUAUAGGAGUCUACUACUUCCCAGUCUACGCCGUGCAUCGAGCCAGUCUCUUCCUUGCUUUCUUGGUGUGGCAGCUUGCGGAUUUUGGCAUCACCAUCGGAUACCAUAGAUUGUAUUCCCAUCGUGCAUUUCGCGCUAACACAGCUGUGAGAAUCGUCUUAGCGGCAUUAGGUUCGGCGGGGUUCCAGGGCUCUAUCAAGUGGUGGUGUCUCCGACAUCGGUUACAUCAUAGAUUCACGGAUGAUCCCAUGGACGACCCAUACGCUGCAACUCGAGGGCUGCUCUACUCUCACAUGGGAUGGAUAUUCUUCAAGCCUACAUAUCGAAGAAUGGAACUUAUCGAUCGUGAUGACCUUGACAGUGACCCUGUCGUGCGUUUCCAACAUAAAUAUUAUGGAAAGCUGCCAAUUGCCUUGUUCUUGGGUUUUGCGUUUCCCCCAAUAAUAGGGAAUCUUUGGGGAGAUCCAAAGGGAGCAUUCAUUUGGGCCGGAUUGGUGUCUAGACUUGCUAUUUGGCAUUGUACUUUUCUGGUCAACUCGCUUGCCCAUUGGGAUGGUCUUCAACCUUACUCUGACGAAGACACCUCUAGAGGAAAUCUACUUUUAGCGCUCCUGACCGGCGGAGAAGGAAACCACAACUUUCACACGUUCCCGCACGACUUCCGCUCAGGGCCCUCUAGGGCUGACUGGGACCCAUCGAAAUGGAUAAUUGUCGGCCUUCAUAAAUUGGGACUUGCAACGGGUUUACGGCGCGCGAGAAAAGACGACAUGUUAGAGGCAGUCGAGUACAUGCGACACAAAAGCGCGUAUGGAGUUCCUCCUGUAGAGGAUGACCAAUGGGACGGCCCCAGUUGGACGAUCGACGAUGUUCAAAAGUACAUUCAAGGCUCUCUUGGGCGAUGCAUACUCUUGAUUGAUGAUUUCGUCAUCGACGCGACGAGCUAUAUGGGAGAACAUCCUGGCGGUGCUGCAAUAUUACGAAAGUACUCGUUUCGAGAUCAAGAAGGUACUUCGGAUUCGGAAAAGUGGAAAGACGCGACCUGGGCGUUUGAGGGGGGAUUGAAUAAUCACUCCAGGGCCGCCAGACGGUUAAUGUUGGAGAGCAGGAUUGCUAGGUUGUCGAUGCUAUAG